CUAAGGCCUCAUAAUGACGUCACUUUCUAUACUUGGUACACUCAAAAUGGCGAGCGACUUGGACAUUGUUGUUCCUGAUUGUUAUAAACAAGUUAGACCGUACAUUCUAAUUGCAAAAGAGCAUGACUCACGUGACCCGAUUGUCGCCUAUUAUGCUAGGCGAUAUGCAAUGGAAACAGCAAUGAAGCUGAAACAGCAGAGGACACCAGAAGGAAAGACAUUUUUGUUUGGAUUAAUGGAUGUCUUAGAAAAGUGUAAGACAAAACUUCAGGAAGCAGGUAAUGAUGAGGCAGUUACAAGUGAUGUUGUUGGGUCCGUCCAUGUGGAAAAUUAUGCCUUGAAAAUAUUCCUGUUUGCAGAUAAUGAAGACAGAGCUGCAAAAUUUACCAAAAGCACAAUCAAAUCAUUCUACAAAGCCGGCUUGUUACUUGACAUCAUGCAAACGUUCGGUGAACUUUCAGAAGAGCUGGCGAAUAAUAGAAAAUAUGCAAAGUGGAAAGCAACAUACAUAAACAACUGCUUAAAGAAAGGUGUAACACCAAUUGCAGGCCCAGUGGAUGAAGAGGGUGAAGAAGGAGGCGGCGCUCCUGUGUAUUCUCAGCCUCCAAACACUCCAUCAGGAGGUGUUGCUCCCCUUCCUGGAGCAUAUCCUCCACCACAGCAACCAGGACCAUCCUACCCUCCCCAAGCACCCUCUACCAGUUACCCUCCUUCUGCCAGUAAUCUCAUGCCGCCAGGGGCCCACGCUCCACCCACAACACCUGAACAGUAUUCUGUUGGUCAAACUGGUAUACCUGGUCCCUCAACCCAACCUCCAUCUAGUGGUGGAGUUCAGCUGUCUGUUUCUGACUAUUCUAAAGCUCAAAAGUUCUGCAAGUACGCUGGAAGCGCCCUACAAUAUGAAGAUGUUCCAACAGCCAUUGAAAAUCUGGAAAAGGCUCUGCGAUUAUUAAGGACGGGAAAAGAAUAAAAAAAAUGUACUAUACAGAUGUACAGAUAAACUAGAUGUUAAUAUUAGUAUAUUCUUUUUUUAAGCAUUUGAAAAUUGUUAAUAAAGUGUAUGAAAUAUUUCUUGAAUAUUUUAUUAAUAUUAGGCCUCUAUGAAGCAUAUAAUUUAACUAGAUGUAUCUAGGUUUUUUCAAUUUUUCAAUUUCACAAAAAUCUCUAUUCUGGUGCAAUAUAUCUUCAUCUACUACAUCAUGUUCCAUAUACUGUACUUGAAAAUGAAAACUAUCAAUGUGAAGAAUAAAAUGUGCAGUUGGACAACGCUAGUCCUUGAUGCAAAACAUGAUCUCUAAAGAGGUACUUUUUUUUUGUGUAAAAUUAUAUUUAUAUGCUAUGCAGUAUAUUGAAUUGAAUUGUUAUACAGUACUGUACUAUGUAGUAGUAAUAUUGGUCUAAUAAUACACAAUGAUGCUUCUACGGUAUACUGUACACUUUCAAUAAACAUAAAUAAAAUUUUACAAACAGCAA